CGGCCUAUAAAGUCGCAGACGACAUUAGCCUUGAAGUAUUGGACCUUCAGCAGACACAGGAACUCUGUUCCUCACUGUUUGCUCUGUCGCUGCACAUUCUGAUCAAGAAACAUUAGCUGGAGGUGUCUGGGCGACUGAUCUUCCGUUUGUAAAAGAGGUAGAUUUUCAUCGGGUCAAAUAAAUCACCGUGGACGUGUUCUGCUCACGGCCUUGUUGUUGACCUGUGCAAUGAUGACCUGGAUGUUGCUGCUGUCCGUGCUGGGCUGCUAUCAGCUGCGAGUGUCAGCUGCUGAUGCGGUCGGAAAAAGCGACAGGCCGAACAUCUUGUUUUUGUAUGUUGACGACUUGGGGUGGAGGGACGUUGGUUACAGAGAUCCGACUUUCCGCACACCCAACAUCGACGCUCUGCACGCGGGCAGCGUUCGGCUCAACGCCUCCUACAGCGGCCCCAACUGCUCGCCCUCACGAGCCGCACUGCUGUCCGCCGUUCAUCCCUUCCGGUGGGGACUUCAGGACAAUGGUAUUAACGCCUACUCCCCUGCUGCCAUCCCCCUGACCCACGAUAUCAUACCGCAGGCAAUGAAGAGGUUGGGUUACCAAACACACAUGAUCGGAAAGUGGCACCAGGGAAGCUGCAAGUGGGAGUAUACUCCAACCUACAGAGGCUACGACAGUUUUGUGGGAAUCUAUCACGCGAGCGGCGACUACUUCACCCACGUCAGCAAGGGCGGCUACGACAUGCGCUUCAAUGAGCGAGUGUACUGGGAGGCCAAUGGCACCUACAGUACAACGCUGUACUCGGGGCGUGCAGAGGACAUCAUCAAGGACUACGCGAGCAGUUCAGAAGCUGACCCAGUGAACACCAAGCCUUUUUUCAUCAUGCUGGCUCACCAAGCCAUCCACCUGGACAACCAAGUGCCACCAGAGUACCUCGACCUGUGCAGUCACAUCGGUGACGUCAAGCGGAGGGAGAAGUGCGCCAUGAUGGCCGUGGUGGAUGAAGGCAUUGGUAACAUCACUCGCUUGUUGCGCAAGAAAAAUCUGAUGAACAACUUGCUUAUCGUCUUCACCAGUGACAACGGCGGCUCGUAUUCCGGAGGUUCCAGCAACUGGCCGUACAAAGGGGAAAAGACUACCUUGUGGGAGGGGGGCAUCAAGGUCCCUACCUUCCUUUACAGUGAGAGCAACAAGAUUCUUCCUAACACCAACUGCUCGUGGAGCGGCCUCUUCUACACAACUGACUGGUACGCCACUCUCAUGGGCUUUGCCACCAGAACACAAGUGACCCACAGCUGCAGACCUAUGAUGGCUUCAAUCAAUGGCAAGGAAUCGUUCAGAAUGGACCUUCCCGAAGGAAAGAGAUGGGCUUCGUGAACGAAGUGUUGGACCAUGCUUAUGUUCGCUAUAAGCAGUGGAAACUCCUGGAGAGACAGACUCGCAGUCCAGGCUGGUACAACCCCCCAGAAGGCGUGGCCCCGAAACCCGAACGAGCGUUUGUCGGCGACCACGAGCUGUACAACAUCGACGAGGACCCAUUCGAAGAGCACCCUAUCUACCCGACAUCCAUGACACCAGAACAGAAGCUGGUGUACGACGACAUGGUGCAGAGGCUGCGCAAAUACAAGAAGAUAGCGGUUCCUACCAACAGCACCAAAAUAAAGGAGGGAGACCCGUCUUUCUUCGGGAACGUAUGGAGCCCGGGCUGGUGUUGAGAGCUAGGGGUGGGAGACUUGUGUGGAGGCACGUUGACAUACAACAUCUGUUUUAAUGGUGUUUGUCAGCAGUACAUGUUGAAUACAUAUCGCAUUACGUGAAUGUUUCCAGACUGUCAAUAAUAAUAUUCAAGAUGAUUAACAUAAUAGGUGUACGUGAGCAAGGAUGCUCGCUCGUUGAUGUACUGCUCAAACAUUAUUAGAUGUUGUAAUGCACGAACGCUGCUACACAAGUAAAAAUAAAGAUUUCUAGAACUUC